CACGACCAAGACUCGAAGAUCUCUUGUGCCAUCCGCAUUGCACGCCCAGUUCUAGUCGUGAUUCAAUGAUCAGUUUGUGGCUCUUGACUGUUGAAAAAUCGCUUGAAGUCGCACCGGUCCUGCAAUACCGCGUGCACCUGGCAACGACACCAUUCAUUGUGCGGAAAUUAUGGCGGGAAUAGUGCGGACCGUCACUCCAGUGGCCCUCCUUGCGGCCCUUCUCUCAACACCCGCAGAGCUUAUGCAACAAUACACUGGCCUUGAUGUCGCCCAACCCACUUGCACCCGCCUCAUCCGGCCCAUCCUGAAAGCGUUAAUUGGGCUCAGCAUAGCAAGGGCGCUAAACAAGGCUCUCAACUCCCUGGCGACUAACAACUGGCGAGCGUCUUCCUCGCUUCCGACUGGGCUAUGGGACUGGCCGAAGGAAAUCGCUGUCGUGACAGGAGGUUGCAACGGAAUCGGUCAGGCAUUGGUGGAGGGACUUGCGGCUAAGGGUGUCAGAGUUGCCGUCCUGGACGUCAGUGGCCCGCCGCCAGCCAUAAAAUCCAUCCCGAAGGUUACCUUCUUCAAGUGCGAUGUCAGCUCAUCGCAGCAAGUGGCCGAAACGGCCGACGCUAUACGCAAGGGCAUGGGCGGUGACCCAACUAUCUUGAUCAACAACGCAGGUAUUGCACGUUUCAACUCCAUACUUGACAUUUCAGAGCAGUCUCUACGCCAAGUUCUCGAAGUCAACCUUAUGGCACAGUGGUUCACUACAAAACAAUUCUUGCCCAAAAUGAUCGCAAACAACAAAGGACAUAUCGUAACGAUUGCGAGUUUGGCAAGCUUCGUAGCACUGCCAAUGAGCAUCGAGUAUAGCGCCACCAAGGCUGGGGCGCUGGCUUUCCAUGAAGGACUGGCGUGUGAGAUCAAGCACUUGUACAAAGCGCGCGGUGUCAAAACUAGCGUUGUGCAUCCAAAUUUUGUGCGCACGGCCAUGACGGCACCUCAUGCGGAGAAGAUUGAGAAGACACAGAAGAUGAUGUCAGUCGAAGAUAUUUCCAAGCCGGUGUUGAACCAGAUAUUCAGCGGAAGGGGUGGUCAACUUGUGUUGCCGGCAAGAUUGAAUGUUGUCACUGGAAUCAGGGGCUGGCCGAACUGGAUACAGGAGGCGUUGAGGGAUAUAUUAGGAAAGGCGUCCUGUCCUUAGAAUCACUCGCUGACUAGUUUCGCUUCUAUUCCGUAUACCCUACGUCCGAGGACAUAUGUGGUUUCGCUUCUAUUCCGUAUACGUCCGAGGACAUAUAUAGCGCCCUUAUACGGUAGUAAACACACAAGAUCCAGUGUUUC